UCUUUGCUGCAUUAACUGUAUCACGGUCAACAUGCAUGAGAACCCUAGAUGCCGGAAGAAAACCCUGACCAUGAUGAUGAAAGAGCAAUCAUUGAAAACAGCGCAGCCGCGGCUUAUUAUUACACUCAUUGAAUUCCUGACGGAACAUAUGUUCACUCUUUCUGUUUCAUUUUGUUGAUGGCUCAGAAGGACGCCUUGGAUCGAGGAAGACAUAUUGUUCUUCUUCUGAUCUAACUAUCAUACACUAAGGAUAUUAUUAUAGUCGUUGUCGUCGUCUGAAUUGAGCGCAUCAUCCUUUUGGCUUUCGUUGAAUCGAAUCCAUCGGUCGUUCGUCGUUUGGAGUUGGGUUUGUCUUUGAGAUCUCAGGGAGCAAACGGAGACAACGACGGAACAGACGUCAUAUCACGCUUCCAUUUGUUUUGACUAAACAGUACGACGACAGCCACUCUGGAGAUCGACUCGACUCGUUCCAACAAACAAACAGCACCAAGAUGGCGGAUGACAUGGCCAGCUUGGCUCGCAUGGAUUCGUUGGAAGAAUAUUUCAUGCUGAAUUCGCCACCGGAAUCUCCCCAACAACCGGCUCGAAAGACAGCGCAAGCACCGCCACCAAACAAUAAUUCCUGGGAUGCCUAUGGUGGUGCUUAUUUUGGAGGCAAUGAAAUGGCGUCUCAGGGCAACGUGCAAUUGUCGACGUUGAAUUAUUCGGUGGAUCGAUCCAACGCGGUCGGCCAUCGCCUGUUGCCAAGUACCCAACGCGACUUGGAUGUCAUACUAAAAAUGGAUGACAAUAGUAAGGAAUUGAAUCUGACGGAACUGUUCCUGCAGAGCAGCCAUCGAAGUAGUCUCAAUUCCAACUAUCAAGCCAAGGGAGCGCUCAAGGGACACGACAAUGAACUGCACAAGAAACGAUCCAAUUCACUCUCGUCGUCGUUUUUGGAAGAUGGCACCGAGUCUGCCAAUACAAACAACAACAACAACAACAACAACAAUACUAAUAAUACGAAUACAGGGGUUGCCAAUUCACAAACCAGUCCAAUGAACAACAACAAGCCAAGAGAAGGACUCUCACGGGAACCCUCGUUGGAUUUUGAUCUAGAUGUGGAACCCACGCCUCUCUCGGAAAUUAGAGAAAAAGCGGAGCAACGCAAAUUUCUACGGGAACAACACCAACAACAGCCACAAGGGAAUUCGCAAGGCUUGACCCAACAAGAGCUAGACCAACACGAAUACAAAUUGAACCGCCAACAUCGACUCCAACAUGGCAGUAGCUACUAUCCAUAUGGAAGAUCCUAUCAAUUGCCCAUCCCAACCAUGCCACCCAUUUCACCCACGCAACCAAAUAAUACGGAACAACAACAGCCGCUUGCCGAUCCCGUCGCUACGGCUGCUGCACUGGCGUCGGCACAGCAAACGCCGGUGGACAACAGUGGACGCUCCAGCGGUCCUCCACCACACUCUCCAGCGCCAUCUCAUGCCAGCAGUCAUGCUUCGUCGUCGUGGCAUACGAAUAAUCAACCGCACUCUCGUCCAGAAAGCCGAAACAGCACAACGAGUCACGGCUCGUAUCAUCACCAUCGGCACAGUAGUAGUAGCCAUCAAUCACAUUCCCCGUCCACGGCACCGCAGACAGCUCCUCCACAAGCGCCACCACCGAUCCCGUAUCCACCGCCUCAUUCCUAUCCACCUCCACAGCAUCAUCAUACUCAUCACCACACGACAACUCAUCAUAAUCAUCCUGGUACCACAGCACCUCCUCAACCGCCACAUCAUCUCACGACUCCACUGGCAUCGGGACACCCUCCUCAUCCGGGGCAUAAAAUUGUGGGUCCGUACACGACGGCACAACAAGAAGGAAACAACGCCCCUCUGGGGAAUAGACGGAGAACAUCGGCCGGUAAUAACAGCAAAAGUGCACCCGCUCCAGCACCUUCGUAUUUGCCUCGUCGUGGUGAACACAUGUCACGGGAGGCAUCGGCAGCACAUGCGACACCCAAGGGAGUGCUGGCAUCGGCAACCAAACAGCGCAGAGGAUACAGUGGAUUCCAUAAACCGGCGACUUCACAAACCACCAAUACGUAUCAUCAUCCUUUGCCAUCCAAGUUUCCAAACUACACCAACACUGCCCCACCAAGUACUAAUGCUACUUCUACUACGUAUGUCGCCGCCAAAAAGACGAUACCACCGACGAUCACUCUCGCAGCAGCAGCAACAACAACAACAGCAGCAGCAGCAACCACAAAACCUGCUCCCAAACCAGCGUCCUACGCCAAUAACGGUCAUCUCCAUCGACCACCCGCACCUGCUCCUCCUCCUGCUGUCGUCACUCAUAAUAAUAAUAAUCACCCACAGACAGCAGACAGUGCCUACGAACGGAAAAAACAGAGAGCCAAAGAUGCUCGCGUCAAAUUGAAUGAAUCCAUUGAACGAUUGCAUGUCUCCAUGGGGCUUGCGGGAACGGAAUCAAAGAAACGGGCGGCGCAGCUUCGAGAUUUCAUGAAGCAUGCUGGGCGAGAAAACGAAAGCAGCACCGACCAUCAAGCCUUUGAGCUGAUGGAUAGCUGUGUCAAGACAGCAGAAACGGCAAAGAAAUGGGACAGACCCAAUUUUGUAGGGUCGGCUGCCACAAUGAUACAGUGUUUGAACUCGCAAUGCGAGAUACUUAUGAAAGAGCUGCUUGAGUACUCUUCCUUGGACUCUUCCUUAGGUGUCGUGAGGCCGGGACGACCCGCGCCACCGCCCCUGCCAGAAGAGCAGCAGCAGCAGCAGCAAUCCGCGCCUGAAAACGGGGGAAAGAGAUCAAACGAAAACGACACACCAGAGGAUCCAGCAGCGAAACGGAUACGGCGGGAUUCUGUGGAAGAAGAGAAGAAAGAGGCAAGCGGCUCUGCGACGAAUGUCGGGAGCAACAGCCCGGUAAGUCCAGAGUCUGCAACAGCCAUGACGGUGUAUUCCCCUUCAGACGGUCGUCCUCCAUUUCGGCUUGGUGAUUCCGUCAUGGGUCUCAUUGCUUCAUUCUUAGAUCCAGGUUCCUUGAUUCAAUGCAUGGGUGUGUGCAAGGGCUGGAAGGACCAUGAACGGAGCUUUGCCAAGAACGCAACGUGGGUAAACGUUUGCAUUCAAAGAUUUGGAUUUUCCAAUGUCCGUCAGUGGCAGGAGAAACAUGCUGAAGAUGAGGAAGAUGAUCACGACGAGAGUGGUGGGACGGAGGAAAACGGACAGAGUGGUGAUUUCGUUGAAAACACGGGAAUGAAGAUGUAUCGAGCAAUGGACAAGCAGUGCAUCAUGCCUUGGCUUCACGAUGGCAAGAAUCUUGUAUUGCUAGGGAACGCCAGACUUCCGCAAGUUGCUGCUUGGAUGUUCUUGGUUGAUCGCUCCAAUAAAGAGACGAUGAGAUCCGUCAAACGAAACCCGAAUGCGGAAUCAUCUUCCAGACAAACGGGAGUCUACACAUCGCUCCCGGUGGUUGAACUAAGGAUUGUACUUCAGAACACGGGUGGCUACCACGCGAAAAGGGGAACGUCAACGGGAAGCACGAAGAACAGAGCGAUGACAAUUGUCAUGAAUAACCAACGGCUCGUUGUGGAUGCCUCAACUAGGAGAAGAGGCGAGGAAUUGUUGGAGAUUGAUUGGGACGACAGGUUUUCAAAAAGGAUUCUUAAUCCGGAUGGGUCCAACUAUGUGAUGCGUGCCGAUUCAAAGCAGCAAUCUGGAGACGAGCUGGCAAUUCUGAACCUUUUUGAUACGGUCGUAGUCGACGCUUUCAUUCAUGCACGACGAUGCUCAACAACCACCAAGUUCAGACACAGAAGCAAGUUCCUGACGAUCUUGGUGACGGUGAACGGCACAACACAGCCUCUGGUCAUUCCAUUCGCAGACAAUCCACAGGGGGCUUCCGUGGGGUCUUUCAGUUCCCAUUCAUAG